AUGGUGGGCCGGGCUAUAAAGUGCAUGAAGAGGGCAUUGAAAAACAUUUCAGACACACUGGACUCCGUGCCGCCCCUGUUUUACCUGGACGACUGGGCGCGUUGUCGGCGUCCUGGUGACGUGUACUGCGUAUUGGAGGCUGUCCUGGUCUCCGGAAAUCAGACGACGCUGCAACUGCUAAAGGAUUACUCCUCACAAUCGCUACGCCACUUCAACCGCACGCUAGUCCAUCGCGGCGUGUGCGCCACGCGCUGCGAGGCCGAGGGGCCGGCGGAGACCCGCGCGCGGAGCUGCGUCAAUGAGGGCCUGCGGCCUUACGGUGUACAGGCACAGUUCAACAACACGCGGUCCCUAUGUGUGUCAGCAAAGACCUCAAUGGGCCACGACGCGCGGGCGCUGGCGGUAGUACUGCUUGCGCUGGUGGUGUUGGCUGCUCUGGCUACUGCGACGCAUAUCAUCACUGACCGGUUUGACGUCAAAUGCCCCAGAUUGGUGGCCGCGUUCUCUCUGCGACGCAACUGGCAGAUCCUGACGUACGACCGCACCAAACCGCGCAGCGACCAGCGGAUGAAAGGCGUGGCUUGUAUGGAGGGUAUUAGGGUGAUGGGCAUGCAAUGCGUCAUCUUCGCGCACGUAUUGCUGCUGACAGGGACCUCUUUUAUAGACAAUCCGCAAUUUCUCGAACAUAUUUACGAGACAUUUGCCGGGCAAGCAGUGAUGAACUCCCCAGUGUGGCUGCAAGCGUUCUUCUGUCUCUCAGGCUUCCUGCUGUCCUAUUCUACCCUCAUCGGCGUCGAGAGCAGCCCCUUCACUCCGUUAAAGGCCUUUGUUGCUGUUGUUAACAGAUGGAUAAGGCUAACGCCAGUCGCAGGCAUCAUGCUCUGGUUUACUAUCAGUUGGCUGCCACAGUUAGGCUCGGGUCCUCUGUGGUCCUGGUACGUGGACAGCGAAGCUGAAGCCUGCAGCGAACGCUGGUGGUACCACAUCCUGUACGUCCACAACCAUCUGCCAUUGGACAAACUCUGCAUGGGGCACACUUGGUACCUAGCAGUGGACAUGCAGCUCCACAUCCUCGGCAUGCUGUUGCUGCUGGUGUUGGUGCGCUACCGGAGCGUGGCGCUGCCGAUCCUGGGGACAUUGCUGGCGUGCUCGGCUGCCGCGGCUGGCUUUGUAGUCUACUGGUAUCAGCUAACGCCAAUCGUCACUGCGCAGAGUCCUGAAGACCUCCGUACGCUCUUCUCCAAAUCCUUGAUCCUGCCGAAGCUGUACCUACCGAUGUGGAUGAACCUGGCGGGCUACGCGUGUGGGAUGGCGGCAGCGUUCGUGCUGUAUGAGAUUCAGAGGAAGGGCAUCAAGCUUAGAGACAGCAAGCUCUUCAACCUAAUCUUCCACCUCUCCCUACCCGUGGGCACGGCCAUCGUAUGGCUAGGAGUGUCGUUUCUCCAUGAAGAGACCCCGCCACAGUGGGCCGCGAUCGCCUACAGCGCGCUCGACCGCCCGCUCGUCGCUAUCUGCUUCGCUAUCUUCAUGCUCGGCUGUGUCACUAAAUGCAAAUCGGCUCUACGCUCCAUGUUUGCGUGGAAAGGCUUCCAUACACUCGGGAGACUGUCGUACUGCGUGUUCCUCACGCACUUCGUCAUCCUACGUGUCCUGGUCACCAGUAACCCGCAGCUUGGUCACCCUACUACACUAUCUUUGAUAUCGCUGCUAAUAACGGCAUCUGUGUUGUCGCACCUGGCAGCUAUCCCUCUGUGUCUACUGGCGGAACUGCCGGCUAUAGAGCUGUUUAAGGCUUUGACGGAGAAGGAGCGGGUGCCAGCGCCGAUAGACUUGGAUCUUGUGGUCCCCAAACGGGCUGAGAAUGCUUGA